AUGUUGUACGGGUUUCACGGCUACUAUACUACUAAUACUAAUAUAAACGUUCUCUUUUUGAGGAUAUUAAGUUACGUAGAGAUAGGAAGGGUGAGGGAGAGGAGUGAGUGCAGAAAGCUGAUAGCUGAUGGUAAUAAUCUAGGUUUCAAAUAUAUUGUUAAUCCUGCCCCACCACCGGCAAUCGCCUUUGGGACCACUCUUCAUAGAGUUACACUACCGUUGUCGGGACCUGCAUUGUCGUCUUUUAUGCGUGCUAUACAGGGAGAUGCUGAUCGUAGUCCAGGACCGGCUGCUUGUGUGGAUGGAAGAAAUUACUUAAUGAAAAAGACACCUUCAGUCUACGGAUAUGGCCCUAUGGUUAGCAAUGUAGCACGUUCACGCCCACUUCAGAUGCAGAAAUAUGGAACUGAUUUUGUAAUAUGUGAGACGAAAUUGGUAAAGCCUAAUGCCAAGCCUUUCAAUUCUGGAAUUGAACGUGAUGUACAAGAAGAGUUUUUAACGCCACCACCAAAUAUGUAUGAUUAUCAUAAACCAAGUCCCCGAUUCGAAAUCUUGUCAGCCUUUGGAACACGACGAAAAAUUAAACAUCCUGUAGCCUUAAUCUGUUCACCAUACAAUUCGGCCGAAUGCUGCCGUUGCGGCGAGACUCCGAUCGGCGAUUAUUGGCAUAGUUAUAAAACUAACAGCGACAGGUGUCGCCGUUGCUUGAAUAAGGUAAAAUCGCAUUUGAACUGCGUUAUCAGUCAACAUCGACGUUUGCAAAUUCUUCGUCUUUUGUCCGAUUAUAAGAAAAUAAGACAUUGCAGUUUCUGUCACGAUCAUCACGGUACAACGGUUGCUGUGAACACCGUUCCGAUGAAAGAACUCAAAUUAAAAUUUAUAACGGAAACAUAUUUGUCUUUGUAUAUGUGA